AUGUCAUUAAACUAUCAAAUAUCAUUGGAUAGUUUACCCAUUGAAGUUCUCACCAGAAUACUAGAUUAUGCAAGAUUAGAAAAUGUUAUCCAGUUAGUCUCCCAUGAAUUUUUUUUAAAAUCAAACCCAAACCUUAAAACUGCAACCAAUGGAUUGAUUACAAGUAGUACUAUAUCAUAUAAUAAUAGAUUCAUACAAUAUUCAUUUGUUCAUAUGUAUAAAAGGACUAAAACUUACCUUGAUAAAGACAAUUUGCUGUUUAUCAAUGAGGAUGAUGUUGAACCUUUGGUUCAUUAUUGUAUUCAUGAGAACCUUCCAAUUGUUUUGACAUUGAGUUAUUAUGUUUGGUCAUUGGCCGAUUUGGUUGAAAUGGUGGCAUUGAUUUCAAAUUUGCCAAAUUAUUUGAUCCGAUACAACCCUAGAAAAUUGAAUUUGGUUCCCGGGUUUCUUGUACAAUUUCAGUUUGAAUUAUUUAUUUAA